AUGGUUGUUGUUGGACAGUGGUUGUUGUUUGACGGUGGUUGUUGUUGGAUGGUGGUUGUUGUUGGACGGUGGUUGUUGGACGGUGGUUGUUAUUGGACGGUGGUUGUUGUUGGAUGGUGGUUGUUGGACGGUGGUUGUUGUUGGAUGGUUGUUGUUGGGCGGUGGUUGUUGUUGGACGAUGGUUGUUGUUGGACGGUGGUUGUUAUUGGACGGUGGUUGUUAUUGGACGGUGGUUGUUAUUGGACGGUGGUUGUUGUUGGAUGGUGGUUGUUGUUGGACGGUGGCUGGUGUUGGACGAUGGUUGUUGUUGGACGGUGGUUGUUGUUGGAUGGUUGUUGUUGGAUGGUGGUUGUUGGACGGUGGUUGUUGUUGGAUGGUGGUUGUUGUUGGAUGGUGGUUGUUGUUGGACGGUGGUUGUUGUUGGAUGGUGGUUGUUGUUGGACGGUGGUUGUUGGACGGUGGUUGUUGUUGGAUGGUUGUUGUUGGACAGUGGUUGGUUUUGGACGAUGGUUGUUGUUGGACGGUGGUUGUUGUUGGACGGUGGUUGUUGUUGGACGGUGGUUGUUGUUGGAUGGUGGUUGUUGGAUGGUGGUUGUUGUUGGAUGGUUGUUGUUGGACGGUGGUUGUUGUUGGAUGGUGGUUGUUGGACGGUGGUUGUUGUUGGAUGGUUGUUGUUGGAUGGUGGUUGUUGUUGGAUGGUGGUUGUUAUUGGAGGGUAGUUGUUGUUGGAUGGUGGUUGUUGGAAGGUGGUUGUUGUUGAAUGGUUGUUGUUGGACGGUGGUUGUUGUUGGAUGGUGGUUGUUGGACGGUGGUUGUUGUUGGAUGGUUGUUGUUGGAUGGUGGUUGUUGUUGGAUGGUGGUUGUUGUUGGACGGUGGUUGUUGGACGGUGGUUGUUGUUGGAUGGUUGUUGUUGGACGAUGGUUGUUGUUGGAUGGUGGUUGUUGUUGGACGGUGGUUGUUGGAGGGUGGUUGUUGUUGGAUGGUGGUUGUUGGAUGGUGGUUGUUGUUGGAUGGUUGUUGUUGGAGGGUGGUUGUUGUUGGAUGGUUGUUGUUGGACGAUGGUUGUUGUUGGACGGUGGUUGUUGUUGGAUGGUGGUUGUUGA